AUGCACGACUGGAGAGUUCAUGCUACGCGAGAGUUUAUUUUGGAAAAAUCCAUCAAUGUGGAGGAGUUGACAGAAAAAUGCAACAUUGUUCCUAUUUUGCGUGAUCAGUUUCUGCUUGCAUCACUUGUACAUAUUGGCCCAUAUUCCAGAUGGCUCACUGCCGAGUUCUACACCAACUUAACCUUGGAUACUUUCUCGGAGGGAUCACCGCGAUUUCAACAAGUCUUCAUUCGGGACAAAUGGUAUCCCCUAAGUCCGGCCGUGAUUAAUUCCUAUUUGGGUACUCCAAAUCAUCAAGCUGCUCCUGACCCAAGUCCAAAUCUGCUAGCCGCUGCUUUAACUCACAACAAAAUUGUCACGUGGCCUAACACCGGACUUGAAAGCCUAAAGCUCACCACGGUCUAUUCAGUUCUUCUCCGAAUUGCCUCAGCUAAUUGGAUGCCUGCUGUUCGUCAUCAUCUUGUGUCUGACCAGCUUGCUGCCCUUCUCUACAAGAUCAGGAAUCGCCUUCCUAUCAAUCUAGGAGAAACCAUCUUUGGCCACCUUGCGCAUUUUGUGCGUCAUAGGGAACCCAAGGUACAUCUACCGUUUCCUAGUCUCAUUUUUGGACUUCUGCAGGAACACGGGUUCAAGCCCUACACAGAUGAAGUAGUGAUUGCUAAUGACUCAAUCUACAAGUAUGAUGACCGUUUGACGAACAAGGAUCACUAUGAUGAUAGAGCUACACUCAUGAUCACUCCCAAUGUACCGUCUGCCACACCUCCGGUGUCUGCCCCUGCCUCAUCUGCUGACACUGGUUCUGCGCCUGUUCCACGUCCAGCUGCAGUGAUCAAGGAACCUCAGACGCUCAUGGAUCGACGUCAAAUUGUCCUCACUCUUCAAGCAUCAAUAGCUCAGAUUCGCACAUCGGUUGCAUCUCAACAAAUUACCAUUGAUGGCUUAGAAAAAUUGUUGGGUGCUGAGUUGGAAGAAAUUGCCCGAAUGGAGGCCAUAUAUGCUCGUCUUCGAUCUACUACAUCCACUGCUGGCGCUGACACUGGGUCUGUUUCUGAGAGUGAUGAAUCUGAAUCGGGUACCCCGUCUGCAAGUUAA